CUCAUGCUACGGUUUGUAAGAGUUGCCAGUACAGAUCGCUUUGCCGCAUCGAGUGAACGCCAAAAUGUUUUUCGAAAGUAUUCUUUUAAACGCGAUCGUCUCCAUAAUAUUAAUUGUAGCUUUAAUAAUCGAUUAUGUUACAAAAUUCUUCAGUUAUUGGUACAUCAGGCAUAUACCUUACAAAUCAUCCAUACCGUUCUUCGGCUCCGACUACCACAGAGUCUUAGGCAUCAGAAACACUACUCAGGAAGUGAAUAAACUUUACAAAAAAUAUCCCGGGGAGAAAUUUGUCGGAUGCAUUAAGAGCAGGAUGCCGGAUCUGAUCGUUAGAGAGCCGGACGCUAUAAAGAAGAUGCUGUCAACAGAUUUUGUAAAUUUCCACAGCAGAGGCCUUGGCUUGGACAAAUCUCAGGAUGUUUGUUUACGAAACAAUUUGUUUUACGCUGAGGGAGAGAAGUGGACCUUAUUGCGUAGAGGACUAGAGUCCAUAAUGGAAAGUCUCCAUUGCGACUUUGAACAUAACUUACAUGACUGUUUGUUAGGAACAAAUGGAGAUGUUAACGUUCAACAGUUGUUGUCAAAGGUAUUGGAUGCCGUCUUCAAAGAUUUGUUAUUGGAUAGUAGUUCUGAUACGACAGUAAUAACGAAUAUAAGGUCGGCAGUGCAGAGUCGUACUUUGGUAGACAGAGUGAAGAGUUAUUUGAAAAAUAUUUUCCCUUCGUUGUACGUUUUACUUGGCCUGACUACGCUACCGGAAGAGCCAUCAAAUAAAACGGAAAAAGCACUUGAACAAUCAAAAUUGAUGGAAAAAAUAAAGAGCGGUUCCAUUUUUCAGUUAGGCAUAAAGGAAAAAGGAAACAGAUCCGUUAGCGAUGUAGAAUUCGCGUUUUCUAUGCUAUCCUUAUUCGUCACCGAGGGUUAUGUGCCUUGUCAUAAUUUGCUAACAGCAAUACUUUACGAAUUGGCAAAGUGCCCAGAUGUUCAGCAAAAAGUGAGAUAUUCCGAAGAAUAUUUGGAUGCCGCUAUAAAGGAGGUUUUGAGGCUUCAUCCACCAUACUCUGUGAUCACGAGACAAUGUGUUAACACCUAUAGUUAUGAUGCUACCCUGUUGAUCGAUAAGCGAAUAACUAUUAAUAUACCAGUAGAUGCAUUGCAUAAGGAUAAAAAUUACUAUAACCAGCCAGAAGUGUUCAAUCCAGACAGAUUUUUGGAUAAUUCCAACGUGCACAGUUAUGCCUUCUUACCGUUCGGUACUGGUCCAAGAAAAUGUGUUGGUGAACAGCUGUCAUUGCAAAUUAUUAGAAGAAUAACAAGUAUAAUACUCAAUCAGUACGAAAUCGAACCUUGUGCAACAACGCCACUGACUCUACCUGUCACAGAUCACAACUUUGGCAGAAUCAUCGAACGCGAUAUCUGGCUUAACUUUAAACCGAUUAGAACCUGAACACUUACAGUAUUAAUAAAUAAAAUUCAGAUGUAAUGGUGUAUUCACAGAUGUAUUAAGGAGCUUUAUUGAUUAUUUUAUUUUGGUAUUACUAUUGUAUACAGAAAUUAAAAUGUAUUAUUUA